UGGGCAGCGCGCGGGGGGGACCCGGAGCGAGCGUCGCCCCGGGAACGACCCGCGGCCUCAUGCGCAGGCGCCCGCCCUGACCCCAGCCCGGGUGGCGGCCGAGGGAGCCAGCGAGGCAGGACCCCCGGUGCCCGGUGAGGAAGCCAGAGGUGGGAACCAAGUUCUAGGGCUGAAGUGGGGCGGGGGGCCAGGCCACCGGUCCCAGAAUGCCCCUGCCCGAGUCCAGCCAGCAGGAUGCCUCAAGCGGGCUGGCCGGCCAGGAGCCUGAGGCCCCUGGCACGGAGGUGGUCCCAGUGACCCCCAGGAAACCCAGGAAGUUCUCCAAACUGGUCCUGCUGACGGCAUCCAAAGACAGUGACCAGAUGGCCAGUGUGAAGCGCCGGGGUGUGCACUGCAUCAUGUCCCUGGGCGUGCCCGGCACGGCCACGCUGACCAAGGCCCUGCUCCAGAUCAACCCGCAGUGUGCCAUUGAGGCCCCGCAGCCUGACCCUGAGAGGAAACGCCGCAAGCUAGACCCAGAUGGGAAAGAAGAUGGAAGCUUGGUGGGGCCCAGUGCUCCCAACUCCUUAGCAGAUGAGGAGGUGUCUACUGAACAUCCCAUGGCACCCACGGGGACCCCUCAGAAGCCGUUGGCGGGACCCAAGUGCCGGGGCCAGUGUGGGGGCCAGGCCGCUGGUCCCACAAUGCCCCUGCCGGAGUCCAGUGAGCAGGCCACAAGUGGGCAGGCCGGCCAGGAGUCACGCCCUGAGGUCCCCGGGGCCACCUCCAACUCCAAGGACUUCUCCACAGUGGUUGUGCUGACUGUCUCCCCCGAGAGCAGCCAUGAGGGAGGCCCCCGGCCUCACAGUGGACACCACAGCGCCUCCCUGGACCAGUCCGGCCCUGGCCCUCUUGCCAGCACCACCUCAAUGCUGCCAACAGAGGGCCUGGGGGCGACCCUCCAGCCAGGCCCACGCACCCCUGAGCAGCAGCGUAGCAAGCAGGAGGCAGCCCGGGCACCGCUGGAGUUCCUGAGGACACCGUUCGGGGGCCGCCUUCUGGUGCUUGAGUCCUUCCUGUACAAGCAGGAGAAGGCCGUGGGCGACCGCGUGUACUGGAAAUGCCGCCAGAGCGUGGGGCUGCGCUGCCGUGGCCGGGCCAUUACCCGCGGGGCCCGCGCCACCCUCAUGCACGGGCACUGCCACCCACCCGACGAGGAGGGCCUGGAAGCGCGGCGCCGGAGACAGAAGCUGCCCGGGCCGGGCCCGCCGGAGCCAGAGCCUGCCUCUGGCAGACGCGCCCCAGGGGAUGCCCAGGGCUCCCGCACUCUGUCCCUGCUGAGCCUGCCCCCCAAGAAGCGCCGCCUGAGGGUGGGGUUUGGAGAGCCCUGGGGCCUGGAGUUCCUGCGCACCAGCUACGGGGGCAGCUUCCUGGUACACCAGUCGUUCCUGUACAAGCGCGAGAAGGCCGUGGGGGACAAGGUAUACUGGACGUGCCGGGACCAUGUGCUGCACAGCUGCCGCAGCCGCGCCAUCACCCAGGGCCCGCGGGUGACCGUCAUGCGGAGCCACUGCCACCCGCCGGACAUGGAGGGUCUGGAGGCGCGGCGGCAGCAGGAAAGGGCCACUGCCAGGACGGCCGCGGACCUGACAGGUGCCCUAGACAGGCCCCGGCCCCGGAAGCAGGCCAAGGUCAAAGAGCAGACACCAGAUUCCCUGGGAUCCCCUACAGACGAGCCCGACGACGACCCAGGAGGCCCCGAGUUCCUGAAGACGCCCUUGGGGGGCAGCUUCCUGGUGUUCGAGUCCUUCCUGUACCGGCGGGAGAAGGCGGCAGGGGACAAGGUGUACUGGACGUGCCGGGACCAGGCGCGCAUGGGUUGUCGCAGCCGCGCCAUCACCCAGGGCCGGAGGGUGACCGUGAUGCGGGGCCACUGCCACCCUCCGGACCUGGGGGGCCUGGAGGCGCUGAGGCAGCGGGAGAAACGCCCAGGCCCAGCCCAGCGGGGAGGCCCAGGAGGCCCCGAGUUCCUGAAGACGCCGCUGGGGGGCAGCUUCCUGGUGUUCGAGUCCUUCCUGUACCGGCGGGAGAAGGCGGCGGGGGACAAGGUGUACUGGACAUGCCGGGACCAGGCACGCAUGGGCUGCCGCAGCCGCGCCAUCACACAGGGCCUGCGCGUCAUGGUCAUGCGCCGGCACUGCCACCCGCCUGACCUGGGGGGCCUGGAGGAGCUGCGGGAGCGCGAGAACUUCCCCCGUCUGGCGCAGCGGGAGGACUCAGAGACCUUCCAGCCCCUGGAGUUCCUGCGCACGUCCCUGGGUGGCAGCUUCUUGGUGUUCGAGUCCUUCCUGUACCGGAAGGAGAAGGCCGUGGGGGACAAGGUGUACUGGAUGUGCCGGGACCAAGCGCGCAGGGGCUGCCGCAGCCGCGCCAUCACCCAGGGCCAGCAGGUGACUGUGAUGCGGGGCCACUGCCACCAGCCCGACCUGGCGGGGCUGGAGGCACUGCGGCAGCGGGAGCGGCUCCCUGGCAAGGCACUGCAGGAGGAGGCAGCACUGCAUGAAACAUCUGGCCAGCUGGUCAAGGAGGGACCCUCCUUGAGGGUCAAGGACUGA